AUGGUCGGUGCCCGAGCGCGCGCGGCUUGAAGAGCCGGGCGAGGGCGCGAAGUUUGCGGCUUUGGACCAGCUGCGUCUCAUGGAUCCGGGGCGGGCAGAGCUCCGCGCCCCAGACAUCUCUAGUCAGGGCCCCGCCACGGACGCCGGGACGGCUGAACUCUGCGCUCUGGACGCUUCUGGGCAGAGCCGAUCCAUGGCAGAGCUCCGAGCCCUGGAAGCCGAGAUCGCUACCCUGCAGCGGGCGUGCGAGGAGCUGCCGGCGCCCUGGGGAGACGCCCCCCGAGCCAGAAAAUCAUUUAAAGAAAUACACCAAUCAAAUUCUGAAGUAUGGGAACCUUCAAAAGAUCUGAGAAAUUGUGUUGGACAUUUAGAAUCAGAACUUAAGUUUCUAAGUACACUUACUGGCAUCAAUAUAAAAAAUUACUCUAAGAAGACGGAGGAGCUUAAAAGUACUGAGAUGGCAGAAAAUAGUGUAAAGAAAGUUCUUCAGAGACAUAGAUUAUCAGGAAAUUUUCACAUGAUUACAUUUCAACUUGAAUUUCAGACUCUGGAAAUGCAGAAUAAGGAGAGUUUAUCUUCUGUUAUUACUGACCUCAACAUAAUAAUGGAACCUACUGAAUAUUCAGAAUUAAGUGAAUUUGUGUCUAGAACAGAGGAAAGGAGAGAUCUCUUCAUGUUUUUUCGAAGUCUGCACUUUUUUGUGGAGUGGUGUGAAUAUCGUAAGCGCACAUUUAAACAUUUCAAGGAAAAGUACCCAGAAGUUGUACAUCUUCCAGAGGGGGCAUCCUCUAGAUACAUGGAGGUCCGGAGCACCAGCCAGCCAGGGUUUGAAUUAGUAAUCGUCUGGAGGAUACAAAUAGAUGAAGAAGGAAAGGUUUUGCCAAAGCUGGAUCUUCUCACCCAAGUGCCUUGGCGAGCCCUUCAGCUGGACAAGAACAGAGUCAUAGAAGCUGCUCCACUCAGCUUCCGAGCCUUGCUGGGCGCGCUGGGCAUUGAAGCCACUCUAGAGAGCCUGAUAGCAUCGCUCUGCACAGAGGAAAACAACUAGGAACCAGUGAGUGCACCUGAAGCGUGUGAUUUUAUUGAGUAUAAACAUGUGCUAUUUUCUAUUUAGAAAUCAUCCCUUUAAAUCAUGUUGACUAUGCAGUUAUGGCACAUUAUAUAUACCUGUCAUGACAUGAAAAAUAAAUACAGCCGUUUAAAUACAAAAUACCUAACAAGUGACACGUAUAGAGUAACAUUUGAGAAAGGGUACAGGAAAGGUGUCUGCCCAACUUCUCCCUCUCACUUCACAUCAAAACUGGGGGUGAGGGCCAGGCAUUCCCCUAUCACCUGGGGGUAACUGGAAGCAAUUUGCCAAAAGUCUCAUUUCUUAGACACUCUUCAGACACCCCAGCGGGGACUCAGCCUUCCUCACCCCCAAGUCUGGAAAACACCCCUUGGAGGCAUUUACUCUUCUUGGUCCUCCACCAAAAAAAAAAAAAAACGGAGCAAUUAACUUUAAAAAGUGCCACAAGAUAGCAAAGAUGUUACUGUUCCAUCACAGGGGGCCUCCACACCCCUGUCUACCACCAAUGGUCCAAAUCCCCACAUAGAAGAAUUAGGGUCUUCAUUAAAAGUGUCCAGAGUUUAAGAGUGCCACUGAUUUCAGACAACCAUUAAAAUGUGUUCUAGUCGGUGAAAACAUAGUUUCAAUAGCAUGAACAUCACCAACAGGCAAGGCCAUGGUGAAGUGCGAGCUAGCUGGGGCACCUCCUGGCACAGGAAAGCAGGAUCCAAACAAGGCUGAGAGCCACUCCUGAUGUGCGCUCUGGAGCCUGCCACCUGCACAUGAGAACAGCGCUCCCGCACAUCCCUACAGUCCCCAAAGACCUUAGGCCUCAAUACACACAUGAAUGAGAGAGGUGGUCAGUCGAGUAUCUUUCUGCACCUCUGAGUAUGGGAGAAAGAAGUGUAAAGACAAUAGAAGAAUAAAUUCUAGAAGAUCUGGCUUGAUUCAAACAAGUGUAAUUCUCAAUUUAUCACAAAAUUUCCCACAAAAGUUUACAAUCAGCAAAAUAGUCUCCUUAUUUUUCAUGUGGCAUUUUCAUACAAUUCCAUGGUUUCACUAAUAUAAUAUUAUGUUACAAUAAGCCUUCAUUAGUCCCUCAAAAUGAUGAUAUAAAUAAUCUGUACAACCUACCAUAGAAUAAAAAACUGAAGCCAAGAUUCCCAACAGUUUUCAUAGCAGCUGGGCACACUUGGUGACCCCAAAAAGACCCUCUUGGUGCCAGCCAGGAGUCUCUCAUCAUGGAAGAAGGGCCUUAGCAGCCCUGGAAGGGAGGUGGCCCAGCACCACACGAGGCUGCAAAAACCACACAUCUUAGUGGAACUGAGGGAAGAACAGAUGGGGGAGGAAGCUCGAUGCUGGCUCUGACAGAACUGGCUGAGGUUUCCUUGCCACCCAAACACCCACAAAUGCCAGGAACACAGAGCUGCUAGGAGCACAGCCACCCCGGGGAUGGCUGCAGCUCUGCUUCUAAGAUCCACAGCAGCAAUUCCAGGUGGGGAAGAGCAUUUGUCUCCCCUAAAGUUAAAAUCAUUCAGCAAAACAGAAAGUCAACGCCCACACGAGUGGUGUCCACCUUAACCUGAGUGCCACCUCCCUGCUGACCCAUGCAGAGCAGUGGGCACAGUGCCUCCACGGGGGCUCCAAAUCCACACUGCUCAGAACGGAGUCCACAUCAAUGACCCAUCACACAGCAGGGAACCACCUACACCUGCACUGAUGUGUGGUUUGCAUUAAAAAAGUGACCAAGUAACUCAGCUGGGAAAGUUCCAGUAGUAUCCAUGUUUUCUCAAAAAGUCCAAACUGUAAGAUGUAUGUGAUAAUUCAAGUUUUCUAUGUUAGGAGUUUGUUGGUAGGAGAUCCAAACCUUGGGUCUUAGAGUAAGGCUUUUCGCAUUAGAGAAUUAGAUUUGAGCCCUAGAUGGAAAAGAAGAACUGUCCAGAACAUUUUCCUGGGGCUUGACAGGAACCCCAGUUUUAAAAAUGAGUGGCUUCUGGGGACUCAGCUCAACAUUCCUGGGCUCACAACUGACAUUCCUUGUCCUGGAUGGUGUUUAGUGCUUUUCCAUUCCGUGUCUCCAGAGGCAAUCCCACCUGAACAGGGGUUAAAUAGCAAAACAUUCACAGCCAAAAGCCACCCAGUACAACAGAAAAAUAGCUCUAUCACUCAACCUUCACAUUCUGUGUUCAAGUUUCAAAGACACUACAGGUAAAAAGUUAGACCUUAUGGAGCACUAAUGUGCAUUCUUCACUUUCUUUAAACCUUGUCGACAUCAUGGCAGCAUCUUUGGCACGUACAGUCUUUGAAUAGUAGUUGACUAUCUUGCCAUCCAGUACAUACUGGUGAGGAAUGCUCUCAUAGGGCUUGAGGUCAAGGUCCAGCACAGACACAGAAAAGGCCAACCGGGAUCUCGAUGAAGGGACGAUGGGUCUCUGAUCAGGGCUGCAAGUAAAAAGGCAAUUUCAGAAUGCACUGAGUUCCCACUCCUCUCAUCCCUGCUCACAGAAAACACCCAGUUUAUGUCCACACAUUCUUCUCUAUCUGUGCCAACUGAGUGUGUGAGUGCUGAUUCCAGCCACCAGACCAGGCAAGACAGGGUUAAAGUACAGAGAGAUGGAAAAGUAAUUACAUAGACCCCGGCAGUUGAUAUUUCCCAUAUCCCAGUGGUAUAAACCAAUGCUGAAAAAAGUCACUUUAUCAUGAGCCAAGUAUUACAAAACCUAAGAAAAAGUAGAAAAUAGAUCUGGCCAUUCAACAGCCAAAUGGAUGAAAUGUUGAGAACAGACUCUCUUUAUGUGCUUUUCCCAUGUCUGGGGAAAAAAUUGUACUCCUUUAUGCUUUUCACAUUUGGAAAGAGAUCUAGUUUCAUGUUUUAUUCUCAAAUCUUACCUGUAGUAUUUUAUAUUUUUUAAGACUAUUUUAUGGUUUAUCUAAACAGAAUGGUUUUAUGCUUAUAACAGAAUAUGAACAAAUUUGUAUACUUAAAAACACUUUCAGAAAAACUGGGAAGUCUGUACUAAAAUCGCUAUGUACCCCUCUUGGCUAUCAUACCAAUUAUACAAACUGUGGUUAAUCCAAGAGAAGUAUUCCAGAGU